GAAAGGAGGAAGAAGGAGACUGUGAUGGAGAAAGGGGGUCUGUAAAACGUCAGGCACCGCACAAAGGCUUUGCCACGUAAUUACAGACUCCUAUUAAGUCGAGCGCUGCCCUCCCAGGGGUCUCCAAUUUUCUUGUAUUCCCUACAAAGCCUCCUCUGCAUGCCAGUUUGUGCCUUUUGAAGUGCCAGAGAGCUUCUUGAUCCAACUGAGAAGGAAAAGGAGUCUCGCAAGAAGAGGGGGAGAGAGAGAAGGGGAAGGGGGGAAACCCACCGCCGCCACCCUCCUCCGGACUCCUGAAGCCCUUUUUUUUCCUCCUCACGAAAAGUAAAGUGAGAAUCCUGCUCUCCAGUACAUCUGCAAGACAUCACCCUCUCCUCCUGAAACCUUAGUCACUCCUGAGAAUCCGCAGGAGUGCGGAGAGGGGGAACACGUUUUCUUGAAGAUGUUUUAAAGCUGGAACAAGCCUUCUUCUGUUGGUGCUUGAACUCUUGCCUGGGAAUAACUUUUUUAACCUUAAAAAAACCCACUUUGAUUCUUCUCUCCCACCCCUUCUUCUCUCUUCUUGUGUUUGCCUAACUCCCCCGCCCCGCUGGCCUCCCCUUCUCCUCGCUCCCCCUUACUAUUAUUUUUAGUGUGUGCGUGUGGACGCUUUUGGAGAGGUGGAAGGAAUUUUUUUCUCCUGACUCCAACGUAGGGUGACUUUCUGAUUUGAUUUUUUGGUGUGGAUUAUCUCUUUGGAUCGCGCCGGACUUGGCCUCAGGAAAGCAGCCCGGGCUGUCAAAGGCUGGUGGUGGCGGAGAACGCUCUGCUCUGCGCGAGGGUCCCCCGCCCUUCCCACUAUUUUUGUGUGUGUGCUUCCCCUCCUUCCUCUCUCUCUCUCUCUCUCUCUCCCUCUCCCUCUCUCUCUCUCUCUCUCUCCACUCCCCCCUCUCUCUUCCCCACUCGACUCCUCUCCCCCCUCGCGCCCACAGCGUUUGGUGUUGAUUCGAGCGGGAAGAGGGGGGUGGGUGGGAUCGGAGGGGGAGACCAUGACCUCCAGCUACGGGCACGUUCUGGAGCGGCAACCGGCGCUGGGCAGCCGCUUGGACAGCCCCGGCAACCUCGACACUCUGCAGGCGAAAAAGAACUUCUCCGUCAGUCACCUGCUAGACCUGGAGGAAGCCGGGGACAUGGUGGCGGCGCAGGCGGACGAGAGCGUGGGCGAGGCGGGCCGGAGCCUGCUGGAGUCGCCGGGACUCACCAGCGGCAGCGACACCCCGCAGCAGGACAAUGACCAGCUGAACUCAGAGGAGAAGAAGAAGAGGAAGCAGCGGAGGAACCGGACCACCUUCAACAGCAGCCAGCUGCAGGCCCUGGAGCGCGUCUUCGAGCGGACCCACUACCCCGAUGCUUUCGUGCGAGAGGACCUGGCCCGCCGCGUGAACCUCACCGAAGCCAGAGUGCAGGUGUGGUUUCAGAACCGAAGAGCCAAGUUCCGCAGGAACGAGAGAGCCAUGCUGGCCAACAAAAACGCUUCCCUGCUCAAGUCCUACUCAGGAGACGUGACUGCCGUGGAGCAGCCCAUCGUACCUCGUCCUGCUCCGCGGCCCACCGAUUAUUUCUCCUGGGGGACGGCCUCUCCGUACAGUGCCAUGGCUACUUAUUCUGCCACAUGUGCCAACAAUAGCCCUGCACAGGGCAUCAACAUGGCCAACAGCAUUGCCAACCUGAGACUGAAGGCCAAGGAAUAUAGUUUACAGAGGAACCAGGUGCCAACAGUCAACUGAGGAAAAAAAUAAUUAAACAGGCCUAAGAAGAAAUCCAAAAAAACCAUAAGACACCUAUCCUGUUCUGUCAUUUCUUCAUCUGCUGGAAAAAAAAUAAUAAAAACAAACAAACCAAAAAACAGAACUAAAAUAUUGGGACCAUGGCAGAGAAGAGCAGGAGAGGAGACAAAUGCAAAUUAGUUCACAGUCACUCCUCCCCCCGGGGGUCCAGCACCUCUCGUUGCUGGGUGCGUUCGUUUUGUCUGUCCUUCUGUCCGCGCUUUGCUUCGUAUACUCCGAGCUUCUUCAGCGGGGUUCAGCCCACCCGCCCCCAUGAUUGUAUGGGUUUUUAAAAAGUCUACAGCAGCCAAAGAAACCAUCUAUAUAUAUAUAUUCUGAAUAACUGCCUAUAGUCUCCUCAUUGAUGUGUUUCAACCUCGGUGCCUUAACCCACCCCUCUUCCCACUUUCCUGUACAGAGAGGCUCUAGGAACUUCCGAAAAGCCAGAGCCUUUCUAAAGAACCCGUGCCACACACGAGUCCCCUCCUCCCUGUGUCCACCUCUGCGGGCCGUGGUAAGGCUUGUCCAUCAGCUGCUGUGGGCGGAGAAAGGCAAUCCUGUGCAGCAGCCGGCCGCCGGCCUAUAUAGCUGGUCCUAAGCAAUAAGCUCUAGACCGAAUCUCUAGAUUUAAGCUCUAAGCUAUCGAUCAUAUCACCGUGGCCCCCAUCCUAAAAGUCAGCCUUCCUCAGUUAAAGAUAUUUGUUGCUUUUCAAAGAUUUGCUGUCAUGGGCUAUUUGCUAGAAGGGGUAUUUUUCAUUUGACUGGGGGAGUGAAGUGUCUCUCAGAAAACCAAGACCAAGUUGUGAAAGGCAUGGCCUCUAUCUGCUUGGUGCCUUCGGGUCAUUGGGCGCACACCUAUAUAUACGCUGUAUAUAUUUAUAUAUUUUAUAUCUGUAUAAAACAUUCUCUCGAGCUGGAGUUUGCAGUCUCUCAAACACAGCAGAGCGUGACUCUCCCACCGUCAGCGCUGUCACUAGCCCUACAGUCAUGAGACGGUUGGCUGGGGAUCUCGUUUCCUUUCUUUCUCUCCACAGCAUUCUCACGAAGGCCACAGAGCCAUGGCUAGGGCAGCUGUUGGAGAGCGGGUCUCACGGUCGCAUUGGGGCUCUCCAUAAAUGAGGAGCGAUGUGAGGCUGUAAGAAAGUUCUUGAGCUUGCUGCCUGAACUUGGGUGCAAUGCUGACACGGCCUGAUCUCUCACGGGCACUGCGUGGUGGGGGCGGCCGGGAAAGCCGUUUGGCCAGCUGCCCUGUUAUGACUCGGCAGGAAUCUGAGAGACACAUGUGGAAGUGGAAUACUUCAAGGUUUGUCUGAGUUUCAAAAAAGACAAUUGUGGGCUCUUUUUCUUUUCUAAUUUUUUUUUUUCAAAUAAAGUGUAGUGGCUAGGGCUGGGAGCCAGGACUGACCUCUCUGUUUCUUUCCCUCCGUUUCCAGCUGGGCUUUUGUAACUUGUCAGGCGGACUUGACCAAACCAUAUUAUCAUGCGGUGCCUCAGUUUACCUUUUUGUAAAAUGGGUUUAACAAUACUUACCUACCUCACAGGGGUGUUGUGAGGCCCUAUUCAUUUGCUCCUGCAUUCUUUCCUAUAUUCUCUGCGUGUCCAGCACUUCGCAGCCAUGGGAGGAAGGGGACUAUAAAAGUAUUCAAGGUUCGCAGAAGGGCACGGUACCCGGAGGCACUGUUUUCUAGCCAGGAAAUGCUGCCGUGCUGUAAAUACUCAGAACUUUUGCAUUUGGAAAUGGGAAAUAGGUUUAUAUUUAUAGACCUCUCAGAAAUCACAUCAUUUGACCAAAGAAUAAUUUAAGCCACACAGAGCAGACACAUUUUUUACUUAUAUUUUCUUCCUGACCAGCUUGGUUCUAAUAAUUUUAGUUGUCAGUGAUUAAAAAACUUGAGAUCAAUUUUGGCCAAAUAUAUCAACUUUGAGUGACAGGCAAGGAACUUGCGGUUUAAGAUGCACUGUGAGUGCAUAUUUGUUAUGUGCCUUGGCAUAGCAGGUUGAGUUAACAGUAGUAUUUUUUUUUCAGUCAAAUAGCCACCAAUCUGAAAAUGUAUUUCGAAUGUUCAUUCUGUACUUUUUUCUAUAAGAAGGAAGCCCAUUUUGCUCUUGUCAACUGAUUCCCUGUUCUUUUCACCUACUAUUCAAGCAUUUCUUACUGAACGGUUCAUGUAGGUUGUCUGCACAACACAAGUGACAUGCUUCCCAAAGGGUCCCCAGGCUAAUUCUUUUGUCCCAUCAUCUGCUGUAAAUCAUCAAGUUUCAAAGGUACGGUGCAUCCUGACAGAUUAAAAUGUUCUUUGCGAAAUCAGUGCAAUCCAAGAACUUGGUGAACUUCUGGAGUCUGGGGAGAACACCUAAAGAGGAUUUGUAUUAGAGUGCAGGGAACAGAAAUCACACGUCAAAAAAUUUUCCUUGCGGGGGGGGGGGUGGGCAGUCUUAGACGAGGGAGUCAAGAGAUGGAGGGUCAUGCGAACCAAAUUGACUUGAAACCUCUAUCUUGACAUCCAUUUCCGAGGUGAACCAAAAGCCUGACCCCAACGCAAAGUGAAGUUGGGCAGUUCUGUCUGCGCACGGCCUGGGCAAGUGAUGUCUGGGAGUACCGUGGGGGAUCCAGUGCUGGGCGCCCAGAGGAACGGGCACUGUAGGUGAAGGUACACCACAGGCUUCUAGUAUCUAGGCACUUGACCGGGAAGUCUGCCCCUGGUAGAAGCACUCAGUGUCACUCACUGACCGCUGACUUGCUGCAAGCAGAGGUUUCAUAUAUGGUCUGGAGGAGUAGCCUUCUGGCUCCUGAGCCAGGCAUCAGCAGAGGGCGUCAGGACCACAGAGUUCAAAGGCAAACCCCUGUCACUCACCAUCACUAUACGCAGAUAAAAAAGCAUACAAACAAUCUGUAUGUGUCCCCAGUCCCUCCCAAACAAGAUGCUGAUUUCUGGGGUACAUGGCAGGUUAAAUGGAACCAGAUGAGGUGACCGAAUAAAAAAGGGAAUGACAUUUUAGGGUAUAAAGAUCUCAUAAGAAAUGUAAUAUGUAAAUUAUAUCUUGCUUUAUGAUGUAAAAUAUACAUUGUUUGCGCUAGAAUAGAAAUGAUUCCUUUUCAAUAAAAAGAAAG